AUGGCGUCGUCGUCGUCGACGCAAUCCACUGAAACAGGCGGCUCAUCGGCGCCGGCGUUAAUGAGGCGACCUUCUCGCAGCGUUGCCGCGACGGUGACUACGGAGGUUUUUGACAGCGAGGUCGUUCCUUCGUCCCUGCAACAAAUUGCUCCGAUCCUCCGUGUCGCCAACGAAAUUGAACAUGAACGACCUCGCGUUGCUUAUCUCUGUCGUUCAUAUGCAUUUGAGAAAGCUGAUAGGUUGGAUCGUAGCUCUAGUGGUCGAGGUGUUCGACAGUUCAAGACGACACUCCUACAACGUUUGGAACGGGAGAAUGCCUCAAGUCUCGCAGCUCGUGUCAACAAGACGGAUGCGCGGGAAAUCGAGGUCUACUACAAACAAUACUAUGAGAAAUAUGUCAUGGCACUUGAUCAGGGCGAAAAAGCAGAUAGAGGCCAAUUGGGGAAAGCUUACCAGGUGGCCGGAAUUCUGUAUGAAGUCCUCUGCUCGGUUAACAAGUCGGAUAUGGCGGAAGAAGUUCCCGCUGACAUCAUUGCAUCAGCUAGAGAUAUCGAAGCAAAACAGAGUAUAUACGCACCUUACAACAUUCUACCCCUUGAUUCCGCUGGCGAGUCACAGUGCAUCAUGCAGUUCGAAGAGAUUAAGGCAUCAGUGUCUGCUCUACGUAACACAAGCGGUUUAAAUUGGCCCACCUCAGCUGACGAGGAUCCACAUAGACAAACAUCAGGACAACUGGAUCUCCUUGAUUGGCUAAGAGCAACAUUUGGGUUUCAGAGAGACAAUGUCAGAAACCAGAGGGAGCAUUUGAUCUUGCAACUAGCACAUCCUCAAGCAAGACUUAAACACAAGUCCUCUGAAUCUGCCAACAAGCUUGAUGAUCGAGCUGUGGAUGAAGUUAUGACAAAACUUUUUAAAAACUAUAAAACCUGGUGCAAGUACAUGGGAAGGAGACACAGCAUAAAGCUCCCUAAAGUAAAACAAGAAGUUCAACAGAGAAAAAUACUUUAUAUGGGCCUAUAUCUUCUUAUAUGGGGUGAAGCAGCUAAUGUUCGCUUCAUGCCAGAGUGUCUAUGCUACAUCUUUCACCAUAUGGCAUAUGAACUUCAAGGCCUGUUAGCUGGAAAUGUUACUGCUGUGACUGCAGAAAACAUCAAACCUGCAUAUGGUAAUAAGGACGAGGCGUUUCUUCGCAAAGUUAUAACUCCAAUUUAUCAAGUCAUAGACACGGAAGCGAAAAGGAGUAGAAAUGGAAAGGCUCCUUACUCAGAGUGGUGCAAUUAUGAUGAUCUUAAUGAAUAUUUCUGGUCACCUAAUUGUUUUUCUUUGAGUUGGCCUAUGCGUAAUAGUGAUGAAUUUUUUAAAUCAAUACGCGACACAAAGCAGGGAAAAAAACAACGAACUCAUCAACAGCCUGUCAGCAUGCAAAAAUCAUAUUUUGUUGAGACACGAUCUUUUUGGCAUAACUUUCGAAGUUUUGAUCGUUUGUGGACAUUUCUCAUACUUGUUCUUCAGGUUUUGUUGAUUAUUGCAUGGGAUGAUACUUCAGUAUUGGAGAUCUUUGACAUGCAUGUCUUAUAUAAAAUAUCCAGUAUUUUCAUUACAGCAGCAGCUCUUCGUUUCAUUCAAAGUAUAUUGGACCUUGUUUUGAACCACCCAGGGUAUCGUAGAUGGAAGUUUACUGAUGUUUUGAGGGUGUAUUUAAAGAUUAUUAUAAGUCUUGGAUGGACUAUUAUUCUUCCAGUUUGUUAUGCACAAGAAGCUGACCCUAAGGCACUACUUUUUGGGAAACUAAAAGAUUAUAGUUCUUUUCUUGAUAAUUUAAAAGGCAUUCCUCCUUUAUAUAUUAUAGCUGUGGCUUUAUACUUGCUGCCAAAUUUACUAGCAGCAGGUUUGUUUAUAUUUCCUAUGCUUCGAAGAUGGAUUGAGAAUUCUGAUUGGCUUAUUGUAAGAUUCUUCCUAUGGUGGUCACAGCCAAGAAUCUAUGUGGGGAGGGGAAUGCAUGAAAGUCAGUUUGCCCUUAUAAAGUAUACUCUCUUUUGGGUGGUUCUUCUAUGUUCGAAAUUUGCCUUUAGCUUUUUCAUUCAGAUAAAACCACUAGUUGAGCCGACAAAAGAUAUUAUGAACAUCGAUCAAGUUGAAUAUGCAUGGCAUGAAUUCUUCCCAAAUGCUAAAGGUAACUUUGGAGCUAUUCUUGCCCUCUGGACGCCUGUUAUAUUGGUUUACUUUAUGGACACUCAAAUAUGGUAUGCUAUAUAUGCAACUUUAUGUGGUGGAGUUAUUGGGGCCUUUGAUCGUUUGGGAGAGAUUCGAACUUUGAUCAUGCUAAGGUCCCGCUUCCAGUCUAUCCCAGGCGCCUUUAAUGCAAAUUUAGUGCCUUCAGAUAGAAGUAAGAGUAGAUGGUAUUCUCUGGUUAAGCAUUUCCAACAGGUUACACCUGACAAGAGAACCGAAGCAGCAAAGUUUGCUCAGGAGAUGGACCUGAUGCUAGUUCCAUAUUCUUCAGAUCCUACCCUUAUAGUAGUUCAAUGGCCCCCAUUUUUGCUUGCUAGCAAGAUCCCAGUGGCACUUGAUAUGGCAGCUCAGUUUAAAUACAAGGACUCUGACCUCUGGAAGCGUAUAUGUGCUGAUGAAUAUAUGAAGUGUGCUAUUAUUGAAUGCUAUGAAACCUUCAAACGCAUCCUCAAUACUGUGAUUGUAGGAGAUGCUGAAAAAAGGAUUAUUGGGAUUAUAAUUAAAGAAGUUGAAAAUAGCAUAUCAAAAAACUCCUUACUUACCAACUUCAGGAUGAGUUCUCUACCUACUCUUUGCGCCAAGUUUGUGAAGCUUGUAGAAAUGUUGAAAAAUGCUGAUGAAUCAAAGCACAACACUGUAGUUUUGCUACUCCAGGAUAUGUUAGAAGUAGUUACCCGUGAUAUGAUGGUCAAUGAAAUUCGUGAAUUGGCAGAACUUGGACAGGAUUCUGGAAGGCAACUUUUUGAAAAAGUCACGGAUUCAGAGCAUGCUAUUGCAUUUCCUCCUCCAGUAACCUCACAAUGGGAAGAACAGAUAAAGCGGCUUUAUCUCCUUCUCACAGUUAAGGAAUCUGCCAUGGAUGUGCCUAGAAACCUUGAAGCAAGACGAAGGAUCAUGUUUUUUACAAACUCAUUGUUCAUGAAUAUGCCACGUGCACCUCGAGUCCGCAAAAUGUUAUCAUUUAGUGUCAUGACCCCUUACUAUAGUGAAGAGACAGUCUAUUCAAAGAGUGACCUCGAUAUGGAAAAUGAAGAUGGUAUAUCCAUCAAAUAUUACCUCCGAAAAAUCUUCCCAGAUGAAUGGGAAAAUUUCAUGGAGCGUAUUGAUUGUAAAGAAGACUCCGGAAUUUUUGAAAGCGAUGAAAACAUUUUACAGCUUAGACAUUGGGUCUCCUUAAGAGGACAAACACUUUGCAGAACAAUUAGAGGGAUGAUGUACUACAGAAGGGCGUUGAAGCUUCAAGCUUUCCUUGACAUGGCUAAUGAGCAAGAAAUGUUGGAAGGUUAUAAAGCUAUCAGCAUUCCAUCAGAAGAUGAGAAGAAAAGUCAAAGCUCAUUGAAUGCUCGAUUAGAGGCUAUUGCUGAUAUGAAGUUCACUUAUGUAGCAACAUGUCAAAUGUAUGGUAACCAAAAGCGCACAGGAGAUCGUCGCGCAACAGAUAUUUUAAAUUUAAUGGUUAAUAAUCCAUCUCUUCGUGUGGCCUAUAUUGAUGAAGUUGAAGAAAGAGAAGGAGGAAAAUCACAAAAGGUGUACUAUUCUGUCUUGGUUAAAGCUGUUGAGAAUCUUGAUCAGGAAAUUUACAGGAUAAGAUUACCUGGGAAUCCAAAAAUAGGAGAAGGGAAGCCUGAGAAUCAAAACCAUGCCAUAAUCUUUACAAGAGGCGAAGCUCUUCAGACUAUUGACAUGAAUCAAGACAACUAUUUGGAAGAAGCUUUCAAAAUGAGGAACCUUCUAGAAGAAUUUAAUGAAGAUCACGGAGUCCGAUCUCCAACAAUUUUGGGUGUUCGCGAACAUAUCUUUACAGGAAGUGUUUCUUCUUUAGCGUGGUUUAUGUCAAAUCAAGAAACAAGCUUUGUCACAAUUGGUCAACGUGUUCUCGCAAGACCUUUAAAGGUUCGGUUCCACUACGGGCAUCCAGACGUGUUCGAUAGAAUUUUCCACAUCACACGAGGUGGCAUCAGUAAAGCUUCAAAAGGCAUCAAUCUAAGCGAAGACAUCUUUGCAGGAUUCAACUCAACACUCAGACGAGGCAAUAUAACUCACCAUGAAUACAUACAAGUCGGAAAAGGGAGAGACGUCGGUCUUAACCAGAUCUCACUUUUCGAAGCAAAAGUUGCAUGUGGUAAUGGCGAACAGACGUUGAGUCGCGAUAUUUACAGAUUAGGCCAUCGUUUUGAUUUCUUCCGGAUGCUUUCUUGUUUCUAUACCACGACAGGCUUCUACGUUAGCUCAAUGAUGGUGAUGCUUACUGUGUAUGCGUUCUUAUACGGGAGAUUAUAUCUCUGUUUAAGUGGAUUAGAAAAAGCGAUUAUGAAAUCAGCAAAGAUGCAAGGAGAUAAAGCUUUGAAAGCAGCCAUGGCUUCUCAAUCUGUAGUUCAACUUGGUCUUUUAAUGGCGUUACCGAUGAUUAUGGAGAUCGGACUCGAAAGAGGCUUCAGAACUGCACUCGGUGACCUAAUAAUCAUGAACCUCCAGCUCUCCGCUGUCUUCUUCACCUUCUCUCUCGGCACCAAACUUCACUAUUUCGGUCGCACAAUUCUCCACGGCGGCGCCAAAUACAGAGCCACCGGACGCGGCUUCGUUGUCCGACACGAGAAGUUCGCAGAAAACUACAGAAUGUAUUCCCGGAGUCAUUUCACGAAAGGAAUGGAACUGAUGAUUCUCCUCAUUGUUUACAACGCGUACGGAUCCGCAUUCUCCGAUGGCAACGUGUACAUAUUCCUAACCAUCUCAAUGUGGUUCCUAGUCGUGUCGUGGCUGUUCGCCCCUUUUCUUUUCAACCCAUCCGGAUUCGAAUGGCAGAAAAUCGUUGAAGACUGGGACGACUGGUCAGCGUGGAUCAGCAACCACGGCGGAAUCGGUGUUCCGGCGAACAAAAGCUGGGAAUCGUGGUGGGAGGAAGAACAGGACCACCUCCGAUCCACCGGUACAGGUGGUCGUCUGACGGAAAUCCUCCUCUCUCUUCGAUUCUUCAUCUACCAAUACGGUAUCGUUUACCACCUCAAAGUCGUCCAAAACGAUAAAUCAAUCUUAGUGUACGCUCUCUCAUGGCUCGUAAUCGUUUUCGUUAUCGCAUUACUGAAAAUCGUGUCCAUGGGUAGAAAGAAAUUCAGCGCGGAUUUCCAAUUAAUGUUUCGUCUUCUUAAACUAUGUUUAUUUGUUGGAUUCGUCGUUGCACUCACGAUGAUGUUUCAGUUGGCCGGACUCACAAUCGGCGAUCUAUUCGCGAGCUUACUUGCGUUCUUGCCGACGGGAUGGGCGAUUCUGCAGAUAGCACAAGCGUGUCGGCCGGCGGUGAGGGUGUUGGGGAUGUGGGGGUCGGUGAAGGCGUUAGGGCGAGGGUAUGAGUAUUUAAUGGGUGUCUUGAUUUUUACUCCGGUGGCUAUUCUUGCGUGGUUCCCGAUGGUGUAUGAUUUUCAAACCAGGUUGCUUUUUAACCAGGCUUUCAGCAGAGGGUUACAGAUCCAACGUAUUUUAGCCGGUGGUAAGAAAAACCAUUAAACCAGUAACA